CAGCAGGAGCAGAGAGCAGCCAUUGCUGUGUCUGGCAGCAGAGGUGUGAAGAAGACAUCUGGUGAGCGUGAGACACCCAGCAGCCAUCCUCGUGUGACAGGAGGACUGAGCAGGUCCCAGAGCCCCAUCACGGUGCCUCCACCUCACUCACUGGUACAUGAGAGACACAGUGACCAGAAGAUCCAGGAACUCACCAACAAGAUCAUUCAGCUGCUGAAUGGAGAGGAGGGGGAGUAUAUAGAGGAACACAGGGGUCUGUACAAGUACGUGAUGAUGGAGAAUCACCGGCCCCUCACAUCACUGGAUGGACCCAGUAACAGAGAUACCCCAGAGAGAUGUCCCCGUCCUCUGUAUUCCCAGGAUUGUACAGAGGAGAAUCACAGGACCCCACAAGAGAAUCAGGAUGAAUGUCUCACUGACAUUAAGAUAGAAGAUACAGAGGGAAAAGAAGAGACGUAUGUGACUGAUAUAAAGGCAGAAGAUAUAAAGGGAGAAGAAGAGACGUAUGUGACUGAUCUGAAGGCAGAAGAUACAGAGGGAGAAGAAGAGACGUAUGUGAGGGGUGAUCAGCAGUGUAAGGAGGAGGAGAUCCCUACAGAUAUCAGCACAGCAGAUGGACACACAACCAGGAAUAUCUCAGAAGGACAUCUAAUGUUAUCCCUGGAUUGUGACAUAAAAGAUAAUGACAGUAGACAGGAUUCUCCAGGACAUAACCCCAUUACCCCAAUUAUACAUCCAGCUCUAUCAGCUGGUCCCUCUGAUCCUGGGAAAUGUUCUCCUGAUCACUCUGAUAUUGGUGCAUCUGUUAAAGCUCUGACAGUAGAUACAGUGUUUCCCUGUUCUAUAGAUGCCAACUAUUUUACACAGAACACAAAGCUUAUAACCCAUCAGCCAGUUAAAGCAGGCGAGAGGCCAUUUCCAUGUUCUGAGUGUGGGAAAUGUUUUACAUACAAAUCAGCUUUUGUUACACAUCAGAGAUAUCACACAGGUGAGAAACCAUUUCCAUGUUCUGAGUGUGGGAAAUGUUUUGCACGGAAAUCAAAUCUUGUUAAACAUCAGAGUAGUCACACAGGUGAGAGGCCAUUUUCUUGCUCUGAGUGCGAGAAAUGUUUUACACGGAAAUCAAAUCUUGUUAAACAUCAGAGUAGUCACACGGGUGAGAGACCAUUUCCAUGUUCUGAGUGUGGGCAAUGUUUUGCACAGAAAUCACAUCUUGUUACACAUCAGAGAAGCCACACAGGUGAGAAGCCUUUUCCAUGUUCUGAGUGUGGAAAAUGUUUUGCACAGAAAUCAAAUCUUGUUACACAUCAGAGAAGUCACACAGGUGAGAAGCGAUUUUCUUGCUCUGAGUGUGGGAAAUGUUUUGGACGCAAAUCAGAUCUUGUUACACAUCAGAGAAGUCACACAGAUAAGAAUCCAUUUCUAUGUUCUGAGUGUGGGGAAUGUUUUGCACACAAAUCAGAUCUUGUUAUACAUCAGAGAAGUCACAGAGGUGAGAAUCCAUAUCUAUGUUCUGAGUGUGGGAAAUGUUUUGCACACAAAUCACAUCUUGUUACACAUCAGAGAAGUCACACAGGUGAGAAGCCAUUUUAUUGCUCUGAGUGUGGGAAAUGUUUUACCCAGAAAUCAUGUCUUGUUAUACAUCAGAGAAGUCACACAGGUGAGAAGCCAUUUCCAUGUUCUGAGUGUGGGAAAUGUUUUGCACACAAAUCAGAUCUUGUUAUACAUCACAGAAGUCACACAGGUGAGAAGCCAUUUUCUUGCUCUGAGUGCGGGAAAUGUUUUGCACAGAAAUCACAUCUUGUUACACAUCAGAGAAGUCACACAGGUGAAAAGCCAUUUUAUUGCUCUGAGUGUGGGAAAUGUUUUACCCAGAAAUCAAGUCUUGUUACACAUCAGAGAAGUCACACAGGUGAGAAGCCAUUUUAUUGCUCUGUGUGUGGGAAAUGUUUUACCCAGAAAUCAAGUCUUAUUAUACAUCAGAGAAGUCACACAGGUGAGAGGCCAUUUCCAUGUUCUGAGUGUGGGAAAUGUUUUACAUAUAAAUCAUAUCUUGUUACACAUCAGAGAAAUCACACAGGUGAGAAGCCGUUUUCCUGUUCUGAGUGUGGGAAAUGUUUUGCAUGGAAAUCAGCUCUUGUUAAACAUCAGAAAAGUCACUCAGGUGAGAAGCCGUUUUCCUGUUCUGAGUGUGGGAAAUGUUUUACACAGAAAUCAGCUCUUGUUCCACAUCAGAGAAGUCACACAGGUGAGAAGCCGUAUUCCUGUUCUGAGUGUGGGAAAUGUUUUACACAGAAAUCAGCUCUUGUUCCACAUCAGAGAAGUCACACAGGUGUGAAGCCGUUUUCCUGUUCUGAGUGUGGGAAAUGUUUCGCAUUUAAAUCAGUUCUUGUUAAACAUCAGAAAAGUUACUCAGGUGAGAAGCCGUAUUCCUGUUCUGAGUGUGGGAAAUGUUUUACACAGAAAUCAUCUCUUGUUACACAUCAGAGAAGUCACACAGGUGAGAAGCCGUUUUCCUGUUCUGAGUGUGGGAAAUGUUUUGCACAGAAAUCAUCUCUUGUUACACAUCAGAGAAGUCACACAGGUGAGAAGCCGUAUUCCUGUUCUGAGUGUGGGAAAUGUUUUGCACGGAAAUCAGAUCUUGCUACACAUCAGAGAAGUCACACAGGUGAGAAGCCAUUUUCAUGCUGUGAGAGAAAUAAAUCCGCUCUUGUUGAACACAUUAGACAUUACCCAAGUACGGAACUAUUUAAAUCUUCUGGAGUAUAAUUAUCACUGUCGUCCAGUGUUCCUCAAGGGUGAAUCCUAUCUCCUAUGCUUUAUAAAAUAUACAUGCUACCACUGGGUGAUAUAAUCAGACAUCAUGGCCUGGUCUACCACUGAUAUGCAGAUGACCUGCUUUUUGCUCCAUGUACUGAGAACCGAAUACCAAUCCUAAAUGGUUGUCUAGCUGAGCGCCAGGGGUGGAUGAUGCCAGUUGGCUGUGACUCAGUCUUUGUGAAACAUAAUAGAAGCUCCCCAACAAAGGACAAGACUACAGCUUUACCAACCAUCUGGAUUUAUGCUUUGGUGCUCAGAAUUGAAAAUACUGAACGUGUGCUGAAUCUUUGUGUUGUCCUGGUAUGUGGCUGACACAGACAUCAGGUAUCCGCCACAUACAAAUCCUCGUUCUUUCAUCUGUGGACCAUAGCCAGAAUCAAGCACUUGAUUCCCUCAGAAGUUCAUAGACUACUGCAGUGCCAUCUACCUGGGUCACCCAGCAAAAGAAUUACAGAGCUUGCAGCUAGUACAGAAUGCAGCAGCCAAGCUGUUACCUAACCAGCCCGUUCCUGCCUCAUAACACCCAUUCUCUACUCCCUUCACCGGCUGCCUGUAAGAUGACAAAUCUAUUUCAUUAUUGGCUAACUGACCUUCCCAGCAAAACAUUACAUGGUCCAAGGUACUAGAAGGAGCUUCUGCCUCCUUACUGCCCUGCUUGCUUGCUGGCUUCUACAGAUGAAGGACUGUUACCAGCAGUACCAAGAAUCUCCUGUCAUUUAUUUAUGGGUUGAAUGUUUAGCUUUGUAGCCCUGACCAUGGAACUCACUGCCUUGCACAGUCCAAGAGGCCACCACUCUAGAGACCUUCACAAGCAGACUGAUGACUGUUACUCACGCUUUUCAUUAAUGUACCUCUAUUUCUCAUACGUCCUAGAGGAUGCUGGGGAUUCCAAAAGGACCAUGGGGUAUAGA